ACCAGGCUCCCCGAGGCACGUGACUGCUAUAUAAGCGGAAGGCGGUGCAGGGAACUGCGCACACAGACGACAGAAGCAUCCGCUGAGAGCAGGUAAUCCAAUCCACUGUAGAAGCUAUCACCAUGUCAGACCUCUGCGUUGGAAUCAAUGGUUUCGGUCGUAUCGGCCGGCUGGUGUUGAGGGCUUGCCUUCAAAAAGGCAUAAAAGUCGUGGGAAUCAAUGACCCCUUCAUCGAUCCAGAUUACAUGGUCUACAUGUUCAAGUAUGACAGCACACACGGGCGCUACAAAGGAGAGGUCUCGCAUAAGGGCACUACGCUUAUUGUUGAUGGCCAGGAAAUCGCCACAUACAAAUGCAUGAAGCCUGCUGAGAUCCCCUGGAACGCCUGUGGGGCCAUGUAUGUUGUUGAGUCCACCGGUGUUUUCCUGUCCAAGGAAAAGGCCAGCGCCCACAUUGAAGGCGGAGCCAGGCGCGUGGUGGUGUCUGCACCGUCCCCCGAUGCACCGAUGUUCGUCAUGGGAGUGAACGAGGAUAAAUACGAUCCCAGCUUCAUGACGAUUGUCAGCAACGCCUCUUGCACCACCAACUGCCUGGCCCCACUGGCCAAAGUCAUCCAUGAUAACUUUGGAAUUGAGGAGGCACUCAUGACAACAGUCCACGCCUACACAGCCACCCAGAAGACAGUGGAUGGGCCGAGUGGCAAGGCCUGGCGUGAUGGCCGUGGCGCCCACGCCAACAUCAUUCCAGCCUCCACUGGCGCAGCCAAGGCAGUGGGCAAAGUCAUCCCUGAACUCAACGGGAAGCUGACUGGCAUGGCCUUCAGAGUGCCAGUGGCUGAUGUUUCCGUCGUGGAUCUGACCUGCCGUCUGUCGAAGCCUGCUCCCUACGCUGAUAUCAAGGCCGCCGUGAAACAGGCUGCAGAGGGACCCAUGAAGGGCAUUUUGGGUUACACCGAGGAACAGUUGGUGUCCUCUGACUUCAUUAGCGACACCCACUCCUCCAUCUUUGAUGCCGGGGCUGGCAUUUCCCUCAGCGACAACUUUGUCAAGCUUAUUUCCUGGUAUGACAAUGAGUUCGGCUACAGCCACCGUGUUGCUGACCUCCUGCUGUACAUGCACUCCAGGGAGUAGAGGCUUCCUGUCCGGAGAGGAUGUUAGAAAAGGGACCACCCAAAGUACCCCCCACUGUUCUCUUUUACACUCGAGUCCCUCUCUCUGUUGAAGCAUCACAUUCCUUAGCUCUACUACAGUCUUCAGUAGGCAGCAACGAAAAAGUGUUGGGAGUGUUCUGAGCUUAUCUGUCUUUCCUUUAAGUCGAGACGUUCGGUCGGUGAUAGUAUUCGUGUCUGUGUGCCCCCCUGACUCUCUCACCUCCCGCCGCCACUUUAGAUGUGUUGUUAUGGCUCAGCACGAUAAUAACUGCUGUAUCCAUCUCCAUGUUGGUGUGUUUUCAAGGUUGACCCAUCAGUGGAAGGUGGAAGUAAGAGGCAACUGUAACUCUGCUUCAUGAGUCAGAAAUAAAAGUUACAAGAAACUCA